AUCCAUCUUCAAGGAGAAAAGUAGUAGUGACGUGCAAUUCUAGGUUGUGCAUACAUAUGUUGUUAAAUAUUCGCAAUGUUUAUCCAAAGAGCAAUAUAUACACUGUUUUAUACGCACAAAAUUGCUAUAUAAUUUUGCAUUUUAAUCGCCUUCUUUCUCUCCUUUUCCUAUUCGUUUUCCUUUUCCUAUUAAUUUAAUCAUGACCGAGAAUUUAUGGUACACGUCGUUUAGGAAUGAACAGGCGUUAUCGGUAAUAAAACAACUAUUGUAUACAAUUCUUUAUCUCUCACGCUCUUCAGUUUACUUGCUAAAUAAUACAAAAAUGUAUUUGUUGGUCAAAUUAUAAAAAAUAAUGCUACAUACAAAUUACAUUGUGAAAGAUAGAGUUAUCUUCUCCAUAAUAUCUCCAUAUUUUAGACAAAUCUAUGUGACUGUGCGAGCCAAGACGUAGUAUUCGAUCUAGAGAAAUACAGUCCCUAUCUCGACAAGAUUCGAGCACUCUUUGUGCCUAGUCUAGAAUAUAGAAUCCGUUCCUUGUUGGACGAGUUCCUGUAUAGCACAAAUUCUCGAUGGGCCAAGCAGUUUCCGUGUUUCAACAAGUUCAUCGAUUCAAUAAUUAUGUGGAAGGAUUCUCUGAAUAGAGUCGCUGAAUAUGAUACCGGUAUGAUGGAAGAAAUGAUAAGAAACAUCAUCAAGCGCAUAAUAAAGGACGAUUUGUUUACCUGCUUUCUGGAUUCUGUCAUUUUACAUCAUAGAUUGAAUAAAGUUUGCCGCGAGCUAGAUACGUUGGGCAUCAAAGACAAUAUUUUAAGAAGCUUGAACGUAUGGAACUUUGUCAACGAAGAAGACUAUUUGUUGGAUUGUAAUUGCUUCAAGUAUGUUAUAUAAGAGAUUUUUUUACUGGAAAUUUAAAAUAGCACCACGUGUCAAGUAUCAGCGGUUGAAUAAUCACUUAUUAAAAUUGACAAGUCUUAGCUUUGAUGAAAGAUUAUUCCUUUAUUAAAUGUUUCUUGCGGAUACUUUAGUUCUUUGUCGACCAUCACGGGAAAUUACAACUAAUUUUACUCAAUAGGGAUCUCAAUACUACAAUGAAUUUGAACACGGUAUCCUGCGAUGCAGAAGGAUCGAUCGAGUAUAAAAAGGCAGUCGAGCCAUUAGCAAAAAACGUUUCUAACAGAAGUACCGAGUACACGCGACCAACAACGUCAGAAUAUCGAGAACAUCGACGGAUUCUUGAUCUAAAUCAAGAUUGUCUUCAGCGAACGGAAGACGAUUCAAAUCAUUAUUCUACGUGCGUUGCAACUGGAUCGCAAAAUAUUAGUACUAAUAAAUUAAAUAGACAUUUUGAUGAAAAACCUUACAAUACUAAAUUGAAAAAGAUACGGAAUGGUUUGAAAUUAAGGAUAAUUGUUCACAAGGUAUAUCUAGAAGAUUAUAAACAUUCGACAUUUUCAAGCUUUAAUGUCACUCGCUUACCCCUGCCUUGCAAGCCAAGCAAUUUAAUUAGACGAAUUUUCAAAGCUGACCCAUCUUUAACUGAAUGUUGCUUGAUAGUGAUAAAGCGAAAGUUCGAAAACAGCAUGUAUAAUAUUUGCUCGUGUCUCAACAGUAUUCUCGAAAAAUUCAAUGCCAAGCUGACAAGAGCGUUAUGUCUCAAUUGCGAAAUAUAUCCUGGAUAUAUUAAUUUCAAGAUGAAAGCCAACAAUAUUAAAAAAUGCCUCUUUGUCGCGAGAGUACCGAUUUGCCAGAAUGUUUGUAAACGUGUGAUUCCACAAGAUUACCCUAUUUUCUCCUCAAAAGUUAAUUCAAGCCCAAGUACUGAAAUCGAAUCAAAAUGUCUUGAGCAAUAUAAAGACGAUGGUACGAAUCUUAACGACACACUUGAGCAUAAUGAUACUGAAAAAACUGAAGAGUUCGACACACCUUAUUCUCAAUUGGAUCAAAGCUUCAUAAAAGACGUUGCGAUAGACAUAUCGGAAAAUGAAGCUGAAAGUAAUAAUGAGGAAAUGAUUACAUGUAUGAUAACUGAUUGUGAGAAUGUUUCGAGAUGUGUUCAAAAUCUUGCAAUCUCCUCUUGUAAUAACUCUUGCAAAGAUAUUAUCCAAGAAAUAUCUAAUGACAUGUCAUUGUGUGUCGAUCAUUCUGAGGAAAGAAAUGGAGAAGAUUGUGAAGUUGUGAAUGCAACAGAAAUCAAUUGUGACAACGAUACGGAAAAAUGUCAAGAGGAAAUAUUCGAAUCGAGUAAUUCUAUUACGAAGACUGACACGUCCGCGCAGUUAGUAGACAAUGUGAAUUGUACGUGUUCAUCAUAUGAAAAUUUAAUCGAAAGAAACGAUGAAAUUGAAAAUACUUUUAGUAACAAAGAUUUAGAUGGUUCCUCGCAGACUGUAGGCAUCAACGAUUGGAUUUGUUCUAUGAAUAAAAAGUCGAAUCCAGAAAAUAAAGUUUGUAAUACUGAUACAUGCAGUAUUACGUCAUUUGUACAAAAUUCCGAGUAUGACAAACAAUUAGUAGAAUUAAAUUAUAACCAUUUCUCGAACAGCAAUAUUAAUGCGAUCGAUAAGCGCUUCGAUAAAGAGGAAAAUGAUAACUCAUUAAAUUCAGCAAGAGCAGAAAUUGGAUGUAACUCAUAUUGUUCUUGUCAACGCGAUGAUUUCAUAGAUAUCACAGUCAUCGAUGAUAUUUCUAAAGAAAAUAUUGUUUGUGCUUUUAAAACAUCUCGGAAUAAUUUUGAUACAGUGGAAGCUCCAAGUACAGAUCGCUCCACGACGGUGCAGAUAUCACCUAGAAACAACAAUUUGCUAACGAUUUCCAUUCAUAUGCCUAGAUCAACGAUAGUGUCAAGAGGAAUCAAUGUAGAUACAUGUUAUUCACGAGCGCCUUGGUUGACGUCUGACGACGAUAAAAAUAUAUCCACUGUCACGGAAAGAAGCGAUAGAUGCAAUGAAAUAGCGAGUCUUUCUACUUAUGCUUUAAUUGCUUCUAGGAAAGAAAAUAAAAUUCUUCCUGGUAAAAAGAAGAAAAUUUUUGACGUGAAAGAUGGAACGCAAAAUUGUAUCAUAUCGCCGAAAAGCUUUUCCACGUCGAAGGAAAGAUUCCGAUCCGACGAGGAAUCAAGAGAUUCCAAUAUCUCGACAGGAGAAUAUCUACGCGCGAAAAAUCACUCGAUGUGUGCGACAUCCAACGAAUCGCUAUACUAUCGUGCGUUCGCAACGACAAGUAAAUUUACAAUGAACAACAAACGAAAUAAACUCCAAAAGUCUGAUAAAUCGAGAAAGCUGUCAAAGCUUCACGGGUGUGGAUACGUAAGGUCACGGAAUGAUAUACGUAACAUAACUUCGACAAUGAUCAAACACAAGACAAAGUCUUGCAGAUAUCCAAAUGGUCAUCCUAUGAUGACAAAGUUUCGUAAUUCCGUCGACAAGUCUGUCGACAGAAUAAAGCAUUUGAUUCGCACAAAGCUGAGAAGGAUACUGUUUAAGAAUAAAAUAAGCAAUAAUAAUAAGAUGACCAAAACUUGUUGGAGAAAUAAAAAAUCUGUUCAAGUUACAAGAAGGAAGAAGACUAGUGGUAAACGCAUAAGACAGAAUUAUAGCAUGACUUUAUGCUCGACUUGUGACUGCUGCAGACAAGACUAUACCAUAUCUUCUUGCGAAUCUUCGAAUAUGAUUCCAUCAAUCCGUAGAACGAAAAGAAAGCCAAGUGAGGGAACUAUGAAGUUUUGUGAUCAUAAAUUGACCGAUGAUAGCAAGGGUAUGUUAAGUUCCCGCUCGAUCAAAGCUUCUCCGUGGUCUUAUGAUUUGCUAACUUCUACAACCGAAGAUGUAGAAAAGCUAAAAUUAAAUAAAAACAAUCGAUAUAAUAGAAAGGAAAGAAAUAGAAACACUGUAGACUAUAAUAGAAACUCCCAUCGAUACGACUUGAAACAUUCGGGAACAAGCAUAACGAUUUCUUCACAAUCGACUAAAGUAUCUCUUAUCGAGAAUAAUUCAAAACAUUUUGAACGUUACAUGUAUAAACGGCAAAAAGAGAUAUGUGAUAAACCCAUCUAUGAGCAAGGAUAUUAUAAUCAAGACCAACGUGAAAAUAAGCAAGUACGUCAUGAAUAUGGACAAUUUGAGAAGAAAAACAAAUAUCGAGAUUUACCGAUUAAAUAUACUAAUGGCGAUAGCUAUGAAUCUUUAAAAACAUCGUACACUAGGAAAGGAAACACUAGAAAUAUGCAUCAACAAUUGUUUGAUAUAUCAGGGCUAAGAAAUGGUAAAAGAUUUGCAUCAUCAAGAAAGAAUCAACAAAUAUUUGAGAACAAUGUGUCCGGUCGUCACGAUAAUAGUCUGCGAUCCAAUAAUAAUCUACGUAAGAGACCUGUCUUCACGACUUUAACCGAUGCCUAUAACGAUUAUAUGGACGACCUCGAUCUAGACUUUAAGUUAAGGCUGUUGAGAUACGGGGAACUUUGCAAGAGCAUCAAACGUUCGUUGAUAAGAACGUUACGACCGGACGACGUUUCUGAUGUUAGCACGGCAUCGGUAUCCGAUAGCGAUUUAUGAGAGUUUGAUUUAUUGUGCUGUUGAUAAUCUCGCAUCGAUAUUGCCGUGAAACAUUGUGAAAUAAUAUCGUUAAUAUGACGCUCCUAAUGUUUCAACAUUAAUGUCAUCUUUUAGUCAAUGUUAAAAUUAUUGAGAUUCUUUUUAUUCGAUGUCCCUUUCUAUAACAAAACUAUUUUAUACAGGCGCGUAUGAGAUGCAAAUAUAUUGUUCACGAUCUUAAAUAAAAAUUUUACAUUAUUAAUUAUUUAAAGAAAAUUUACAUUAAAGGGAAUAAGAUUUGACUAGAUUGAAAAUCAGUCCCUCUCUUUCUAUCUCAUAAAAAUAUUGUAAAUAAAAAUCAACUUGAAUGCUCUCAUCUCAUAAAGAGAUACUAAAGUAGUCAUUUUUUGUUAGAGUGACCACGGGGUACGAGUAUGCUAGCAAAUCAAUUCCCUUUAGAUUAAGCUAUAUUCCCGCAGGCGUUCGUUGGCACGUCAGGAUGAUAGUGAAAUCCAAGUUAUUUAGGACGUCCGACUUCGAAGAGAAGAUAAAGUAUUGUACCAACCAU